AUGGCCGGAGAAGAAAAUCCGCUUGAUGUAGAGCCGCCACGUACACCCAUAAAGGGGCCCCCGCACCAACCCAUGCUCAGUGGAACUCAAUCACCUCCGGGCAGCGCUUCGAGCGUUGAUGUCAUUUCAUCCCCUCCUUCGCCAGAGGAUAAUCCGUUCAGCCCCGCCCAGUCAACCGCCACCGAUAUCACGGAUGACUAUGGCUGGCAGACUCCAACCAAGGGCCAAGCAUUGUCGACGGCAACAGAUAAGGACUGCCUCGAGUCCUCCCAAAGCGAAGAAGAGGACGACUCCGCGGGUGACGAUGCGGGUGACGAUGAUCGAGCAGGGCAGAUCGCAACAGCCUUCAAUGCUCCUUCGCCGACGAAGCCAUUGGAACGGUCGAAGAAAGCAAAGAGCUUGAGACCCCGGAUCAGCAUCUCUUCUCUACGCUCAGAGGAUGCCACCAAGUCGGUGUUAAGCAAGCGAAAGGAGAGUUCAACGUCUCCUGUCGAUACUCGUGCAUGGGUUCUCGAGCAGGGGAAGUUCUCCGAGGGAUUAACAUGGCCGUCCAUACUGAUUGGACAGAAGACACCGAAACGAUCUCGCCAUAUCCUGCUCGAGUACUGGACAUCCGAACAGGCGAGCAACAUCAAUACGGAUUUUUCUGCAGAAGGGACAUGGCUCCUGAGACCGGGAGCAGCUAGCGAGGUUGAUGGAGCGAGGAAGUUCCAUUUGGAUUCAGUAGUAUCCGGCACGCAAGAUCAGAGUGCUGACCAACCUUCCUCCUCCAAUUCCAUCGUACCGACCAUCACCUUUUCCCCUCCAGAGGAUGACCGGAUUGACUCGGCCCGGAUUAAAGACGACGAAGAUGACCCAUGUAGCAAGGGCAGGUCAUCAGAAGACGGCACAGUCAACGCUGUAUUGACUGUCCUCUCGAUUCACAAGGCUCCCCCUUCUAGCGAGGCCGGAAAUAGCACUCUCAAGUCGCUUUGCUCUAUUAUACCGCUUGACAUUCGGGAGCGUUUGAGAGAGGACGACCAACGCUGCCCAGCACAGACAGUGAAAGGCGUCCGAUGCAAGGUUCGCCACCGAGCCAAUGUCCCAAUCAUUAUGCAAUACCUAGACAGCUUGACGACCAUCAAACCCAGUGAAGUGCUCCAAUGCUUGAAGAAUCUGAGUAAAGUUGCUUUAUGUCCUUUGGCGCACCAACGUGUCGCCCGGAGAGAGUUAGACGCAUGGAAAACAGACAUCAACAAGCUCUGCGAUAUUCAGCAAGAUCAAGAGCAUGUUGCCUCGCAUACUAAUCAUCGCCUUUUGGCCCUUGCCAACUGGAUCAAUACUCUAAGCGGUAGGGAGAGCUUCUCGGAAAGGGUUGAGGCAGCCUCCCCACCGACAUCUCAAGAGAGUAUUCCAAGCAAUAUUCCGCAGGUGUUUACAUUGAUCCAAAAAUUUGCACCUUACGUUCCCAAGGCCUGUGCAGGUUUGUCUGUUUCGGAAGCCCUCGAGAAGCUUCUGCUCAAGCCCCUCAUGAAGAGCGAGAUUGAGAGGGUAGGAAGCGUAUAUGUCUACUGGCAACCAGGGAACUUUGGGCACCUCAAGAUCGGCUUUUCAAACGACAUUAGCAAGCGUGUAAAGGAAUGGAGCGCCAAGUGCCGCAAGCCGAUGGAAGUGUACUUUCCAAAACGGGGGAGUGACGAGGAGCAUCUACAGGUCAGCCAUGUCUGCCGCGUGGAGAAGCUAGUGCACACGGAGUUGAAGAACUACAGGCGGAUUGAAGAAAAGUGUCCGGGAUGUGGAGGGAAUCACAUUGAAUGGUUUGAGGUAUCACGCCAGCUUGCGAUCGCCGUGGUGCGCAAGUGGACGGCUUGGAUGCAGACAUCUCCAUAUGAGGAGCGAUCAUGUGGAGGGAAGACCGAGUGGGUAUUGAAAGAAGAGCAAAGGAGGAAAUUAAAGGAGCUAUCGCAACCCCUCCAGGAGAUUGUAAUUUCCCACCAGGGUAUGGAGAAGAGAGGGAGGAAAGCCUCUCUGCAUGCUCCACAUCUAUCAGUUUCUCAUACAGGUAGGGCAAGAUCUCCGCACAAGAGAAGUAAGUCAAUGUAG